AUGCCAGCAGCUUCAACAUAUGAGCAACGGCAGAUCUUUCUUGCCUGCAGGGCCAUCUUCAGCGGUGCGAAUGCAAGCAUACGAAAAACGAAGACUAUCCGCACACGCUUGGAAAUGCAUGAGAGCUCCUUGAGAAGGCUGAUUCCAGGUUACCAUCUCACUAGGGUAGUGUCGAUUGCCAAACUUCUUCUAGAGAAAGGCCUUUUCGGUUCGACGGCCAAGGCUGAAGCUUAUUUUCCUGGUCUCUUUGACCCGUGUCCCGUACGGCAGACGCUGAAUGCAGUACUUGAACAGGAAGCGGCUCGCUCAAAUGAAGAAGUGCUCGAGGUGGUUUCACAAUCGUACGAAGAACACGGGAGUGAAGGGGAAGACGAGCGAGUGGACGCUGUUGCAGUUCCAACCACUGCACCAGCAGAUGUUGAUUUCACCCAAGAGGUGAAGGUUGAGCAGGACGUGAAGGUUGAGCAGGGCGAUGAUUCAGAUGAAACAUUGAUCCCAGAGAGACCUACAGCCUCACUUUUCCCAUUGUACCUGCCCUAUCAUGCCCAACAUCGGAUCUUGACCAAUGUGCAGCAAGUCCUAGAGGAGUGCAUAUUCGACUUUAUGAAGAAGUGGCUCCCUAAUUAUCUUGAAAGGAACGGAUGGGACUGUGCUGCAGCUGUUGAACUGACCAAGUGGACGAGACCUCCUUUCCGAUGGACGACCGAGAUCCCAGAAGAUGCUCUUCGUCCAACAGACCAUAAAAUUGAGUCGAUCCUGUCGAAAGUAGUGAAAGUGCGUCAUACUGCUGUACAUCGACUUCCGACGACUGCACGCGGGGUUUGCGAUCUUGUUGGGAUUGCAAAGCAGUUGACUGAAACUCUUGGAGAUACCCCACGCACUUCACAGCUUGAGAAUCUCCAUCAUGAUCUGCAGGAUAAGAUCCAAAUCCUCGAGUUCAACAAGAAUGUUCUGGAAGAAAAUCUAGCUUGUCAGCUCAGAAACAUUGAGGCAGAGCGCGAACUGUUGAGUCGUCGGGAGGAGAGGCUGAGAGCCAAGACAGUCGAGGAUGAUAGGGAAAAUAAGCUUAUGAUGGGCCAUCUGUUAGAAGAGUCAAUGGAACAGAUAUUCAGAGCUGAGGAGGUCCAGUCGGAGACUGAACGAGGCUGGUUGCGUCUGGGUAACAAAUGGACAUCCUUUAGUGGAGCCGUUUCCGGCUGGGCUCGAGACAGACUGGCUAAAGACGCUUUAGCCCUUCGUCUCGGGAUUAUUACCAUCGCUUGUUUUAUUUUGGUCUUUGUGUGGGUGCUGCUGCAGCGCUUCAUACAUAUGACUGGGUUGUUGUAA